CGUGUCGGGAAGGCGGCGGGAGGGUCUGGCCCUCGGCGGCGGAGGGCGCCAUGGUGGGUGGCGAGGCGGCCGCAGCCGUGGAGGAGUUGAUUUCGGGGGUACGGCAGGCGACCGACUUUGCCGAGCAGUUCCGCUCCUACUCCGAGAGCGAGAAGCAGUGGAAGGCCCGCAUGGAAUUCAUUCUGCGCCACCUGCCCGACUACCGCGACCCGCCCGACGGCGGCGGCCGCCUGGACCAGCUGCUGUCCCUCUCCAUGGUCUGGGCCAACCACCUCUUCCUGGGUUGCAGUUACAACAAAGACCUUUUAGAUAAGGUGAUGGAAAUGGCUGAUGGGAUUGAAGUGGAAGACCUACCGCAGUUUACUACCAGAAGUGAACUAAUGAAAAAGCAUCAAAGCUAAGGCAGAAGAUUCAUCACAUUUUCAUUAUCAGCUACAGGCUAGAGAGGAAGACGGGACAAAUGUGACUUUGACCACAGAAGGUCUCUUAAAACUCCUGGCGUUACCAACACAAAGGAAAGAGGCAGUUGGAAUGAAAGGGAUAUUUUAAAAGGUCUCAUUCUUUCAGUACCUAUCAUUCUAAAAGUAUUCGUGGAUAUUUAUGUAUUUAUAAAUCACGCCCUUUUUUAGUUUUUGAAUAUCAAGACUUUUUGUUAAAAAUGCUUAUUUUUUUAUGUUGAUGUAAUAAUGGCAGGUAAUGGACUUUACACUUUGGAUUUCUCAACAGUGUACCUUUUAAGUGCAAUUCUGGUCUUAUUGUCUUUUUCCCCACUGAGGCAAACCAGAUCCCUUAUUUCCUAUUGUCUGGAGUUUGCGCUGCCCAUACACUCCACUCACUGCCCUGCACACACUCAUUUUUUAAAGGGUUUUUAUUUAGAGAGAGGGGAAGGGAGAGAGAAAAAGAGGGAAGGAAACAUCAGUGUGAGAGAGAUACAUUGAUUGGUUGUCUCCUGCUCAUCCCUAACUGGGGACCUGGCCUGCAAUCCAGGCAAGUGCUCUGACUGGGAAUUGAACUGUCAACCUUUGGGAUCACAGACCAGCACUCAGUCCACUGAGCCACACCAGCCAGGGCCACACUCCUCUUUUUUUAAAGAGAGGAGUAAGAAUCAAAGCAUAGGCCUCAGGUACCCAUCAGCUCAUGCAAAGCAGCAGGCAAAGCAGCAGCCUACAGAAAUGUAUCUGACCUUAUUUUAAAAUUGACUAGAGAUUCCAGUUUGGUCUAGGCAGCCAGUUGGUCUGUAGAUUCUCCAGGUCUCCCUGCUGCUGAGUAAAGCCCACACUUUCUUUUUCUGGAGGGAGCCUGAGGCUCUUACCUUCUACUAGACUUGAGGAAUUGCCAAGCACAAGAAAUUCUUUAUUGCAGUGCUGCUCUGCUCCGAAAUGCUGGCACUACUUUCCCCCUUUUAGUUAAUACAUCUGUUCUCUACCCUCUCCCUGUUCCUCUUUCUUAUUUAGUAUCCACCAUUAAGUACUUAUCUCUAGGCAUAAAUACUGAGGAGAGGGACUUCAAGUAGGGGGCAGCAAUGUAAGAGUCACUCAGCAGGGUUCAGUAAUCCUGGUGCUUGAUCCUGGGGACACUAGUGAAUGACAGUGGGGUCCUGCCCUACCUUAACCUACUGGUAAACCCAGCACUAAAGGAAAGCUGGCUGUGUAUAUCUGGGUAGCAGGGUAUCUGGGGCGGGGAAGUGGGAUGAGUUGCCCAUGGCUCAAGGCUAUGGCCAAGCUGUAUACCUUGGAUCAGCCUCCUCUCUCUGGGCAGCUUUUAGCUCUAGUCUAUAGUGACCAUUAGGGUGGACCAAGGGAAGAAACAGGAUCUCUAAUCUAUACCCUUGGACAAGCCACUUUUCUCCCCCACUCUUACCUGAAAAGAGUUCAUAUCUACCACCAAGAAAUGUGGCCAGGGUCAAGGUGUUAGAGGGCCAAGCACAUGCUUAAUGAACCUGACCCUCUUCCUCAAUGUAGCCUAGCCUCUUUCCUUGCUGCUUAUCUACACAAAUUUGUGAGGCUUAAAAAACCCCAAAUGAUAAGGUGGAAAAGUCAGAGUGUGGUUAUUCACUUUUAAAAAUGCAUUUUCUGUUUCUCAUGAUUGAUUCUAUUUUCUCUAUAAUGUCCCAAUAAAUUAAUACCCUGU